CACCGUGAUUAUUGUAUUUGAUGUUUAGUUGUUUAGUCGCAGCUGCUGAAGAGAUUGAAUAUUAUUAUUGACAACAUUGUUAAUGCUACCGUAAUAUUAAAAGAAUAAUGGAUUUGUUUAAUUCUAAAUAUUCAAUUUUAGUGCUCAAAUAAUAGUAAAUAUGGUGCAAACAAUAAGUCAAAUAGAGAAUUUUAAUGAGGAAGUGGAAGGGUCAAAAAAGAAGGAAAAAAGUGGGUGUGCCGGUCUCGGGGUGGGGUACACGCUCAUCUCCACUGCAGCAUUCUCUCUUGCGUCUACAUUAUUAAAGAAAAGUGCCGCGAAAUGGCACCCUUUCACCGUCGGAGUGGUCACAUUUCCAGUCGCGACGAUAUUUUUUAUACCAUUUGUAAUUUAUGGGAUGAUAACUAACCCAAAGUCACUAAAAGUGGGACUGAUUCCCUGGAAGGAGAAUAAAACUUCCUUGUUUUUUGUCGGGGUACGGACUUUCUUGAGUAGCGUGAUCCCAUUCGUGUUAGUUUGGUCGCUGCAAUAUAUUUCUGUUGGGGACAUGCGCACAAUUUUGGCAGCGUCGGUGAUCUCGGUCCAUUUCGUGGGGUGGGCGUGGCUGGGAGAAAAGUGUGGCGUGGUUCCAACUUUAGCAGCGAUUCUAGCCCUAGUUGGAAUCGGAGUUUUAACACGACCACCUAUUCUCAUUGGGAAAGAAGCCUUCGAUCAAAACACAUUGGUGGGUGUCUCGAUCGCGGUCUUGGCGAUGGCGAUGGUCACCCUGAUAAUUGUGGUGGUUCGAUGGCUGCAAUAUGUCCAUCAGGGCGUCCUCAAUCUGAGCUUGUAUGCAUGGGCGACACUGCAAAGUUUGGUGCUGGCACUGAUAUUCAAUACCCUGGAAGAAUUCAACACAAAGGGGACAACUUGGGAGGACAUUGGGGCCAUGGUCGCUAUCGGCGUGUUGUGGGCGAUAGGAAAUUUGUGCUUGGUUCUUGCCCUCCAAAUUGAGGAAGCGGGUAUCGUAGGCUUGAUUCGGACUUCUGAAGUUGUGUUCACGUUCGGAUGGCAGUGGAUUUUGCUUGGUGUUCCGCCAGAUUGGAUUAGCAUGUUAGGUGCCCUGCUUGUCGUAAGUGGAGUGGUGGCAGUUAUUGCAAGAAAAUUGGUUCAGGCCCUGCCAAAGACGAAUGAAGUGCGAAAGUCGUUCAAUUUUUUGCUGAAAUGAUUGGUUAUUUAUUGGACGAAACGCAUAGAUGCAGCAUAACCUGUACAUGCUUACCCGCAUAUCUACAUCUUUGCAUGUGCAUAUGUACAGUUUACAUAUACAAUGCUGCUCAAUAAUGUUAUAAAGCAAAUAAUAAAUAUGUUUGUGUAUCGAGAUCUAAA